AGCUUUCCACCACCACGGUGCUGAAGUGCGUCCGACUCAGCGCGUCACAGUGUAUCAAGGUAUUCUGACAAUAGACGCGAGUGUUCCCCAAAUUUAUAGGAUGCAUUGGUCAAUGAAUACACUGCCUUUGCCUCAGUAUGUUGAGCUGGGUGUUCAUUCACUGAGUGGCCUUCUGUGGACUCUACUGCUUCUGUUUCUGUGGCACUGUUACCGGAUUGGCUCCGAUCUGCCAAUCCCAGGCCAGUCGCAUGCUGGAAAACUCAAAUCAAGCUUGAGGCGGUCCAUGAUUUCGCGAAGGGGUAGCUGCAUUGGAAUGAAGUGCAGUGCACGAUCCAAGAUGUCCGGGAGUGAUCAAAUUAGCCCUUUUAUUUCCAUGGAAACAGUGGAGGACGAGGAACAGGGACAGGGCUACCUCACCCCAGUGCUGAGUCAUGCCUUGUUCCCUGCCGAGGCAUCCGCAGAAGCCAAAAAGCUGUACACAGCACUGCAAGCGUAUGCGAAACGUUACAGUUGGGUGGGCAUGGGUCGGAUUCAUAAAGGCCUCCGUGAGCAGGUCAGACUGAAUGAUCUCUCUGCAAUACAGAAGCCUCAUCUCUUCUUCUUACCAGAUGUCCCAAGUGUUCCUUUUUUCCCACGUGAUGCUCAUCGACAUGAUAUUGAGGUCUUGGAAGCUAACUAUUUAGUAAUAUUGGCUGAAUUGCAGGCUGUAUACCAGCGGGGCAUCAAUUCAAAAUUAGGCUGGACUUCUCUUGGACCAAAGGGCCAGGGAGUGUUUCCCUUGUACAGUGCAGGUGUCUGUGUGGCAGGAAACUGUCGCUCCUGUCCUUGUACCUACCGCACACUUCUUUCCCUGAGGACAUUUAUAAACAGCAACUCACUGGGUUCAGCAGGAUUUUGGCUACUUGGGCCUGGCGCUACAUUGGGGAGCUCAUAUGGACCUACAAACACACGCCUACGUUGUCAUCUUGGUCUGCAGACUCCUCCCUCGUGUGAGCUGGUGGUGGGAGGGGAACCUCAGUGCUGGUCAGAGGGACACUGCCUCCUGGUAGAUGACUCCUUCCUGCACACUGUUUCACACAAAGGACCUCCAGAAUCUGGACCCAGAGUCAUUUUGAUUGUGGACCUCUGGCAUCCAAAUGUGGCUGCCGCAGAAAGACAAGCUUUGGACUUCAUGUUCACCCCCGACCUUUGAACUUGCUCCACAUGACGGAAACAUGCAGGGAUGCCUUAACUUAGCCCUGCUUGACCUGGGUCAUGCAUCUCAUUCCAGUCAACGAAUCACUGUGUGAAUAAUCUGUCCCAAAGAAUUACAUAAGCCAUUAGCCAUGCAUUCAAGUCGGUCCGAAUGUCUGGCUAACACAAGAAAUUGCCACAACAAUGCAGUAUGUUGCCAUGAGACAGUUCUGUAUGCUAAAAAAAUUGCCCACCAACUUUAAAUUGAAAGCCUGGGUGUGCAUAUUGAGCUGAGAAGGUCUUAGCUAUUGUAAAUACCAGCAUCCUUGUGCAAAUAACUUCUCCUGUCCAUGCAUGAUAAAUAUACCAGUUGGCCUGAGCAGCUGAUGCAUGUGUUCGUAUUGCAUGCCUUCUGAAAGCAAAACCCACCAGAGUGCUUGUGGCAGUCUUAUUUUAACAUGUGAGAUUACCAGUGGUUUAACCAAAAAAACUGUGACAACAUGAAAAUUGUAUACAUGUACAUUUAUUUUUGUUUCUGUCAAAAUUAAUGCCAAACAUAUUUUAACCUACAUAUACUGUGGUUUCUAUUCUGUUAUAAAAGUUCUCAUGCGAAUGCUGGAAUGUUUCUAUUGUGAAAUCUGUUCUACAGUAUUGUUUUUUUAUAAGUUUACUAUUAUUGCUGUUUAAGUUGUGUUGUAUGAAUAAGUAUACGUCAGAGGAUUUGCAGAAUUAUUUGUCUGUGUAUCUUUUUAUUAAGUUUUUGAAUCCAAGUAAAUAAAUAAAAUACCCA